AUGGGGAUGAAAGUUACCGGAAAGCCGUAUCCGACGGCAGCAUUACCGGCAUCUGAGUCGGAGACGAAUCUGUUCACUAACGGUCCAGAUCUUAGGGCUUUACAAAGAGCUACUUCAGUCACUAAACGUAGAGCAAGGAACCCGAGUUUGACUCGUCAGCGAAGAUCCGGCGCUCCUGGCGGGAGGCGAAGUCGGCCGGAGACUCCUCUAUUGAAAUGGAAGGUCGAGGAUCGGAACAGAGAGAGAGGCGGCGUUGUAGAGGACGAUGAUUACGAGGACGAUGGAGGUAAUAAUAAUAACCAGGGAGGUGGUGGAUACAUGGGUGUUCCGUUUCUCUAUCACCAUAGUGACAAACCUUCUGGCGGUCAAAGCAACAGGACGAGGCAGAACCCUAGCACUAUUGCUACAACAAAAAAUGGAUUUUUGUGUAAGCUCGAGCCUUCAAUGCCAUUUCCCCACUCGGCGAUGGAGGGGGCGACAAAAUGGGAUCCUGUCUGCAUGGAUACGAUGGAUGAAGUACACCAAAUUUAUAGCAACAUGAAGCGUAUCGAUCAACAAGUGAAUGCUGUGUCAUUGGUUUCUUCCCUUGAAGUAGAGCUGGAAGAAGCACAUGCUCGCAUUGAGGAUCUGGAGAGCGAGAAGCGAUCUCACAAAAAUAAGCUUGAGCAGUUCUUGAGGAAAGUUAGUGAGGAAAGGGCCGCUUGGCGGAGCAGAGAGCACGAGAAGGUCCGAGCAAUCAUUGAUGACAUGAAAGCUGAUAUGAGCAGGGAGAAGAAAACCCGUCAGAGAUUAGAAAUCGUCAAUCACAAACUAGUCAACGAGCUUGCAGAUUCGAAGUUAGCCGUAAAGCGUUACAUGCAGGACUUUGAAAAGGAAAGGAAGGCAAGAGAGUUGAUCGAGGAAGUUUGCGAUGAACUUGCCAAGGAAAUAGGAGAAGAUAAAGCUGAGAUUGAAGCAUUGAAGCGAGAGUCCAUGAGCCUCAGAGAAGAAGUAGACGAUGAAAGAAGAAUGCUGCAGAUGGCUGAGGUCUGGCGUGAGGAACGUGUCCAGAUGAAGCUUAUCGAUGCCAAAGUAGCACUAGAGGAAAGGUACUCGCAAAUGAACAAGCUUGUGGCAGAUUUGGAAUGUUUCCUUAGGUCAAGAGAUAUCAUUACAGAUGUCAAAGAGGUGAGAGAGGCGGAGUUAUUAAGAGAAAGCGCUGCUUCUGUAAACAUCCAAGAAAUCAAGGAAUUUACAUAUGAGCCUGCAAACCCUGACGAUAUCUUCUCAGUCUUCGAAGAUAUGAAUCUCGGUGAAGCCCAUGAUAGAGAAAUGGAGAAAUCUGUUGCUUACAGUCCAAUCAGCCACGGUUCGAAAGUCCACUCGGUAACUCCAGACGUAAAUCUGAGCAACAAGAAAGGGAGACAUUCAGAUGCUUUUACUCACCAGGAUGGAGACAUCGAAGAAGACGAUAGCGGUUGGGAAACAGUGAGCCACCUCGAAGAACAAGGAUCUAGUUACUCACCAGACGGAAGCAUACCUUCCGUGAACAACAACAACAACAACAACAAUCACCAUCACCGAGACAGCAAUGCCUCGAGUGGCGGUACAGAGUUCUUAGGCAAAGGCUGGGAAGAGACAAUGACUCCAACGACAGAGAUAAGCGAAGUGUGUUCGGUUCCAAGACGGUCAUCGAAAAAGGUAUCAUCAAUAGCAAAGCUGUGGAGAUCAUCAGGUGCAAGCAAUGGAGAUAGAGAUAGCAACUACAAGGUGAUAUCAAUGGAAGGUAUGAACGGAGGAAGGGUUUCAAAUGGAAGGAAAUCAAGCGUGGGAAUGGUUUCGCCGGAUAGAGGCUCGAGCAAAGGCGGAUUCAGCCCGAUGAUGGAUUUGGUUGGACAAUGGAGCUCUUCGCCGGAUUCUGCAAAUCACUCUCAUGUGAACCGAGGAGGAAUGAAAGGUUGCAUAGAAUGGCCUAGAGGUGCACAGAAGAAUAGCCUGAAGGCAAAACUCAUCGAAGCGCGAAUCGAGAGCCAAAAAGUUCAGUUAAAGCACGUCCUUAAGCAGAAGAUUUAGGAGCCAAACCAAUCUUUGAUCAUUUUAAUCCCAAGCCAGUUCUCACCGGGCAGUGAUUCUGUAUGAAGUAAUAAUGUUCCGGUGAAGCGGUCGGAGCCAGGGAAGCGGUUUAGACCGGAGUUUAGAUUAUGUAUGUCAUUUGGUCAUUAGCAAUGAAGCAAUGUUGUACUCUACUAUUGUUAAUCACAUCAUUAUGGAAGAAAAACCUUUAGCAGAGUAAGAGAGGCUAAUGCUCCUUAGAGACUUAUUCGUUAAAUUAUAAAAUAUAUAGUUAGUUCCCUUUAAAUCUACCAAUUUUUGGUUUUGAUGUU